AUGUCGUCGGAAACAGACGUGCUCUCGGCCGUAGAGUGGCCAGCUACGCCACUGGUUGGGACUCCAGACGAUACCUCUGGCUCACUCCUUGGUGUCAAUGGCUAUGUUUCUGGUGGUGGCCUCAUGGCGGCCAAUCUGUACCUUCCCAGCUCGCCGGUCUAUGUCACCACACGCAUGCGCCGGUCGUCGUCGCUCGAAGUUUCGGACCGCGACGCCGCCAUUGCGGCUCUCCUUCACGAUCGUAACUGGAUGGGCAGGCGGUCCGAGUCCGAGACCGACUCUGACGACACGGACUCGCUCCGGCCGGACUCCUCGCAGUUUCACGCCGCACAAGAGCCGUCGUCGGCCGCAUCCUCACCCGUCAUGUCGGUCCUCUCGCUCCCGCCAGGCACCCGCCUCCCGACCGCACCUGCCGUCGCCGGUGCCGAGAGCGACUCGUCCAACGAGGGGGCUUCCACCCAGGCUGGGCCUGGCCCUGGCGGUGCCGGCAGCACCAUCGGCCUCGUCUCCAGCGGCGGCGCUGGCUCGUCGCGCUCGUCGCAGCGGCUCUCGUUUUCACAGCGGGCGUCGACGUUGGCCCCGGGCGGGCGGGCGACCUGCCUCCCGCCUCCGUCGCAGCACGAGUACCACGGCUCGCACGCGCCGGCUGCCCCUCCGACCACCCGCGACCGCCGCCGCUCGUCAUUCUGCGCUGGCGACACCGCCCGCCUCAAGGCUUUCCAAUCCGCCGCGCUGAGCAGCGGGUCUAAGCCCGGCAGCGACGUCAACAAGAUCGUCAUGUGCGAAGGCAUGCUACGCAAGCGUGGCGGUCCGUUCAAGCGCUGGAAGAAGCGGUACUUUACCCUCACCUCAAAAGUCCUUGUCUACCGCCCGGCCGUCGGCAAGCCGCAAGUCGGCUCGGUCCUCACUACGUCCAUGCUCGGCGUCCGCGAGGGGAAGAAGCCGACCCAGCUUAUCCUCAUUGCUGUCCACAAGCAGUACCUUCUCGAGGCCGCCGACAAAGCUGACCGCGACCGCUGGGUCGCCGCCCUACGCUCCAUCAUGGGCGACAUGUCGACCCGGACCUCGCCACUCAACGUCAUUCGCUCGCUCUCGUAG